AUCAGUGGUGAAGCUCAGGAACUCUUUUCUGUCCGCCACGGUCCAGUUCGAGCUGCACGGAUUUUACCAGCUCCACAGAUCAGUGCUCAAAAAUGUGAUAAUUUUUUGGAGAAGCGGCCUCUUCUUGGUGUGUGCAAAAGCAUUGGAUCUUCUGGCACAAGCCCACCUUACUGCUGUGUGGACCUUUAUUCUUUGCGAACAGGAGAGAUGGUCAAGUCCAUACAGUUCAAAACUCCUAUUUAUGAUCUGCAUUGCAAUCAAAGGAUUCUUGUUGUAGUCCUGCAAGAGAAAAUUGCCGCCUUUGACAGCUGUACUUUCACCAAAAAAUUCUUCGUUACAAGCUGCUAUCCUUGUCCAGGGCCAAACAUGAAUCCUAUUGCUCUUGGAAGCCGUUGGCUUGCUUAUGCAGAAAAUAAGCUGAUCCGAUGCCAUCAAUCCCGUGGUGGAGCCUGUGGAGACAACAUUCAGUCUUACACUGCCACAGUCAUUAGUGCUGCCAAAACAAUAAAGACUGGACUUACAAUGGUUGGGAAAGUAGUUACGCAGCUGACAGGGACGCUGCCUUCGGGAGCAACUGAAGAAGAAAUUCUAGCUCAUAGCAACAUUCGUCGAAGUCCUCUGGUGCCUGGAAUCAUCACUAUCAUUGAUACAGAGACAGUUGCGGAAGGGCAGGUACUUGUCAGUGAGGACUCUGAUAGCGAUGGUAUUGUGGCCCACUUCCCUGCACAUGAAAAGCCUAUUUGCUGCAUGGCUUUUAACCCCAGUGGGAUGUUGCUGGUUACUACUGACACAUUAGGCCAUGAUUUCCAUGUUUUUCAAAUACUGACACAUCCUUGGUCAUCAUCACAAAGUGCCGUCCAUCAUUUGUAUACACUUCACAGGGGAGAGACUGAAGCCAAAGUACAGGAUAUCUCCUUCAGCCAUGACUGUCGUUGGGUUGUGGUCAGCACGCUUCGUGGCACUUCCCAUGUUUUUCCCAUCAAUCCUUACGGCGGCCAGCCCUGUGUCCGAACACACAUGUCGCCCCGGGUGGUCAAUCGCAUGAGCCGAUUCCAAAAGAGUGCAGGGUUGGAAGAGAUCGAGCAAGAGCUGACAUCUAAACAAGGAGGACGCUGUAGCCCUGUUCCAGGCCUGUCAAGCAGCCCGUCUGGCUCACCGCUCCAUG